AUGCCUGUAAGCAGUUCAUUAGCAAACAAAUUUACUAUCCUGUACGGUUCUCAGACGGGUCAAGCGAAAGCAAUUGCCGAAGAAAUCCAUGAAUUCUCUGAACAACAUGGCCUGGAUUCGAACCUUUUUUGUCUCAGUCUAACGGAGAAGAAGUUUACCCUAGAGAAAGAAACCCUUGUGGUGUUUGUAGUGUCAACAACAGGAGAGGGGGAUCCUCCAGAUACCAUGUGUAAGUUUUUUAGAAGACUGAAGAAGAAGACUUUGCCCACUAACCAUUUAGAAAAUUGUCGUUACGCCUUACUCGCGCUUGGGGACACCAAUUACACAAAUUUCUGUAACAACGGUAAAAACCUUGACAAGAGAUUACUGGAGUUAGGGGCACAGCACUUCUACGACACUGGUUAUGCUGAUGAUGCAGUUGGUUUGGAGUUGGUAGUGGAACCAUGGAUGGAAGGACUAUGGUCUGCACUGAGAAAGCAGUUGGGUCUGGAGACACAGAAUGGUGGCAUGUCUGAUGUUGAGGCAAAAGUUCCUGUGAUUGAUUCAACAGAACAACCCCUCACUCAGAGUAAAUCUUUAAAGGUUUUAGCUGACUCAGUCUUAGAGAACACUAGUAAUGGUGGUUUGCAUGAGACAGAUUCAGUUGUUGUUGUUACAAAUAGUCACAGCUGUGACCAACUAGGUGGAAGGAGUCUUGCCAAUGCUGCAUCAAUAGCAGUGGUCAAGGCAAAACCUCCUGGUGAUCAGAAUUUACCAGCCAUAGAUAACGAUGACCCAGUUGCAUGCAACGGUGAGCAUGCCUCAACACCCACCUUAAGUGAUCAGUUAAAACAGUCUUUGCCCCCCUUGUCAACUUCUGCCUUGUCCAUACCACAAUUAUCACCAGCUUAUUUACAGGUAAGCUUCCAUCCUGAUUACAAAUGGGACUGCUCUACAUUACCUGUACAAGCUGGUGCAAGCUUUCCAAGUGCUGUAACUGAAGUCUCCAUGGCAACAGUUGUUUCAGCAAGGCAGCUGACAGAAAGUCACUCAAUAAAGACAGCUUUGGAUAUAGAACUGGAUAUCACAGACUGUAACAUGAACUACAAACCUGGGGACUCUUUUGGUAUUGUUUGUCCAAACCCCAAGGAUGAAGUUGAUGAACUGAUAUCAAGGUUGGAUUUGAGUGAGAAAGCAGAUAUUCCAUUCUCCAUUCAGUUAAUUCCAUCUUCAGCCAAAAAGGCAGCAAGUGUUCCAAACUACAUACCUGAGUACUCCACCAUUAAGUAUACUCUGCUAACAUGCCUGGAAAUCAGAAGUGUUCCAAGCAAAGCUCUGGUAAGGGUUCUGGCAGAGCACACAGCUGAUCCACAAGAGAUGAGAAGACUUCAAGAACUUUGCAGCAAACAAGGCACAGGUGAUUACACCAAGUUUGUCAGAGAACCUUACUUGUCUUUGCUGGACUUACUCAACACCUUUCCAUCAUGCAAGCCUCCAUUUGAAAGGUUAUUAGAACUUUUGCCCCGCUUGAAAGCACGUCCUUACUCAGUGUCAAGCUCACCUUUGGAAAAUCCCAAUGGUCUUCACUUUGUUUUCAACAUUGUGGAAUUUCCAGCCUUGGAAGGUGUAAGGGGCCAAAGACAAGGUGUUUGUACUGGAUGGUUGGCUUCUACCACAAAAAGUCUGGGGGAAGUUUUAAUUGGUAGUAACAAGGAAUUUGAUGUUGACCUGUCUCAGUUGUUAGUGAAAGAUAGACCAAAAGUUCCAGUGUUCCAGCGCAAAAAUCUCCACUUCAAACUGCCAAGUGCUCCUAACACACCCAUCAUUAUGAUUGGUCCUGGCACAGGGGUAGCACCUUUUAUAGGCUUCCUGCAGCACAGGGCACUCAUCUUAAAAGCCUCUAAUGACCAAAAGCCUCUUGGAGAAUCAUGGCUCUUCUUUGGCUGUCGUCAUAAGGAAAAAGAUUACCUGUACCGUAAGGAACUUGAAUGUUACUUGUCUACUGGUGUUUUGUCACACCUCUUCCUCUCCUUCUCUCGUGAUACAGUUGAUGAUUUGUCCAGUAAACCAACACCAAAAUAUGUUCAAGACAACUUGAGAAGCCAUGCCACUGAGGUAGCUGAACAACUGUUUAACAAACAAGCAGUGGUUUAUGUUUGUGGAGAUGCAGAAAACAUGGCCAAAAAUGUUUUUGAUGCUUUUCUGGAGAUUACUCAAGAGUACAAAGGGGUAGACAUAGCUGAGGCACGCAAGGAAAUGAUGAAGCUGCGUGAAAACAAGCAAUACCUCGAAGACAUUUGGACUUAG